AGGCCUGGUAGACUGCGGGUUUCUUAGGUUGGAUAACGGACACUCGUCAUCAGAUCUAGCGGUUCUCUCGGUGAAAAAAAAAAAAAAAAAAAAAAAAAAAAAAAAACUCUUUCUCCAAAAUUUUCAACCCCAAAAAAACCGCUGGGUUUUCACACCAAGCGAAUGGGAGGAGUUUAGGAAUGGCCAGACAGGGUGCUACACUAAUGUGUUAUUGGAAUGGAAGAAUUACUAGUGGACCUCAUGGCAUUUCUUAUGAGGGUGCUACACCAAAGCCCAUUAGGGUCAGCUUUGGAAUUACACACAGUGAGUUGCUAGACAAGGUAUAUGGCGUAACCGGAUUUGACAAACAACGUUGUAAUUUGAAGAUCAUUUGUAGGUAUCCAGCAUCUCGAGAGUACAUACCUGUACCAAUAGAUGAUGAUGACUCUAUGGACAUCAUGUUUGAUGUGGUGCGACAGCCCACAACAAACUGUAUGGAACUGUAUCUGGAAAGAGAGCCAGUUUGCAGUGACAAUCAAUCAAAUGUCAGAGCACUGACCCCAAUUGAUCAGCAAAUACCUAGAGAGAUGACCACACAGGACAUGCAAGUUGAUAGCUUUCUAGAUCCAGGACCGACAGACAAUACCGUGCUUGUCCUGCAAAACCAGCAUAGGUCUGAAGCCAUAUGGGCUGGAGAGGAUCCUGGUGUCUUGACCUGUAGACAGAGAUUGGCUACAAUGAUGCGGGAGUGGCAGUUAGAUCAUCGGAUUCGUAGGUUUGUCAUCCAAUCAGGAUUCUACGGCAUAUAUAGAAUUGGAUUUAUACAGAUUGAUUGGCCAUUGAUCACAGCACUGGUUGAGAGAUGGCGACAAGAGACACACACCUUCCAUUUUGUUGUAGGGGAGAGUACUGUCACUCUACAAGAUGUAGCAGUUUUGUUAGGUCUCCAAGUACAUGGUCAUGCGGUGAGUGGCAAUUCUGAUCUCCAGUGGGAUGAUCUCUGUGAGGAGCUGUUAGGGUUGAGACCAGAUCGUAAUGUACUUCAUGGUUCAGCCCUCAAGCUUAGUUGGUUACGAGCUAAUUUCCAGAGGCCUCCACAAGAUGCAGAUGAGUCAACCUUGCAGUGCUAUGCUAGGGCAUAUAUCUUAGGUUUGAUGGGUGGUGUUCUCUUCACUGAUAAGUCUGGAGCAGAUGUUCAAUUGAUAUUCCUACCUUUGUUGAGGGAUUUUUCUCAUGUCAAGCAGUUCAGUUGGGGUAGUGCUGCACUAGCUCACUUAUAUCGGGAGCUUUGUCGAGCAAGUAAAAUGGGGGCUAGUGAGAUUGCUGGCCCUCUUAUCUUGUUACAGUUAUGGGCAUGGGAGCGAAUGUGUAUUGGUCGCCCUGAGAAAUUUGGUGCACGAAUGCAGGAUCCGAUUGUACCAGAUGAUGAAGACACAAGUAACAUAGCACCUGUUGUAGAUGGUACAACAAUAGAUGGUGAACAACAACCUGUAGAUCCAUUAGGAUGCAAGUGGAGAUUUCCUGUCAUCAGAAGAGACAAUCCUCAAAGGGCACUAAUAUUUUAUAGGGACCAGCUUGAUCAACAAACAGAUGAACAGAUGACAUGGCAACCAUAUACUUCUGAGAGAAUAGCAUCACUGCCAGAUAUUUGUAUCAGAGAUCAGCAUGUUUGGCAGACUAUUGCACCACUUGUCUGCUUUGAUAUCGUUGAGUGGCACCAACCAGAUCGGGUUUUGCGCCAGUUUGGACUUCAUCAGGCAAUUCCUGUGCAUUGUGACACAGAGGUGAAACUUCAUGCAAUUGAUAGGAGGGGGAGGCAUCACUAUGAUUGGCAAGCAUAUCAUGGACGAUAUAUCCAGCUAUGGGAGGCACGUGAGGAGAAUAUUGCUACAGGUGAGCCAGAGGGACACACAAUGCAUUAUCAUGACCCAUACAUGGAGUGGUAUCGUAGCAUCACUCGUCGUCUGAUUACUCCUCUAACUCAAAGACCACACAUGCGAAUUCAACCUUCAAGUGGAAUGACACAUUUAUUAGUCCAGAGCUUGACCACUAUUCAUAGUCAGUGCACCACAACACUUGGUGCUUUGACAAGUCAGAGUGCCACCAGAGCUCUAACAGAUAUUCAGAUCAUGUGCACACGUGUCUUAGAGAUGAUUGGUGAAACCCGCCACCUUGAAGCAAAACCAUCACCUGCAAAGCUCAUCCAUGAGGAAGGGGAACCUCUACAAGCACCCCUUCCUAGCCUGGACAAAGCUCCAUCGUUUAGAGGGCGAGGCAGAGGAAAACAACGAGGUAAAGGGCGUCGCAUGCAAUCUCUGAGAUCAGCAUCAUCUCCACGUUCUUCUCCACCACUUGUAGUACUGCUGCCAACAGAUCCCCAACGUGGCAAUGAUUUAGAGGAGCCAGCAUACCCGGAUAAGGAAGAGAUUGCAACACCAGCUGAAUCAGUUCCAAAUCAACCAGUGGCAGAACCAAUGCACAUUUUGGAGGAUGAGAAAGAGGUGGAGGUAGCAGCAACACCACCAACAGAGCCAAUGGACAUGUUAGAGAGCAUAAAAGAGAUGGAAACAACACAAACUCUACUACAGGAAACCUCUAAAGGUGGGUUGUCUGAGCUUGCUGAACUGGAACUUCCUUAUGAGGAUAGACCAAAGAAAAAAAAGAAACUCAGAAACCUCUAAUUCGUUUUUAACCAUGCCUUUGAGGUCUCGUUUAGAUUACAGGAUUUGUUUAUUUUGUAUAUGAUAGAAAACAUGGCAAGUUAUGAGAGUUACUAACUAGCGUACCAGGUGCUAAAUUAUAUACUUACACUAUAUUAUUAUAUGUACAGUUAACAUCUUCAUUCAUGUAUAUACCAUUUUGCUCUUCCCUAGACA